CUGGAGUUGGGGUCGCUGUUCCUGACCUUGCCGCAGCCCAUGUUUCCCCCACGGACCUGGUUCGAGUCUGUUCGGUGGCUGGACAGCAAGCUGGAAGACUAGCCAUUCUAUUGUGUGUGACUUUCUAUAAUGAUGACUAAAGGUCUUAACGUAGCAGUUAUGGAAAAUAAAAGCAGCAGACUGCCAAAUAGAAAUGGUUUACAUUCUACGAUGCGAAGCACUGUAGUAGCUAAGGAGCUGCAUCAGCGAUACAAAGACCUACUCGAGCCUCUAAGUCUGUUCACACCCAAAACUAAAGAUAUAGACCUUCCAGUGCUGCAUCUGGAGCGUCCAGUAACCCCUAUUGACGAGAAUGUGAAGUUGGCCCCAUCGUCCCUCACUGAUCUUUGUGAAUUGAUUCAGAGAAGGAUUGCUGCAAAAUCAGAAAUUAAAACUGUCUCUGUAGCAACCCAACAAGAACUGGGAGGAAUCAUUGUAUCAGAUGUGAAGUUCCUCUGGGAGGUGUUUGAGCUCUAUUCUCAUGACAGUACUUUGACAAAAACGGAAAACAAAGAGCUCGGCCGACGAAUUACUGCACAUAUCAUCACAGUGUGUGAACAGCUGUUCCUUCACUAUCUUCAUAUGAUGGACGUAGUGAGACAGCGUUCUGUUUUCACUGAUGAGGCUAACCUAAGUAGACUCAAGGCCCAGCUUGCUCUUGACUGCACUAAGUUUUUGAAUAUACCAGCUAUAAAACAUCAAGUUUCUAAAGAAAUUAAGGCCCAACGCGAAGCAGGAGAAACUGAUGAUAACAUUUCUGAAAUGGAAAAUUUAGGCAAAUAUAAACCUAUGGUCAGCAAAUCAACAUCUCUCGCAGCUCCUUUUACAUUCAAGCACCUCUUCAACCUUAGCAGACCCAAGAGAGCACCAAAACCAAAGCAGCAAACAAUAGAAAGUGACCUUCAAGAGAUCAGUGACAAUAUGCCACAUCUGGAUCUUGAACAGCACUAUAAUGUGUUACUUCAUAAAGUUGAAUCAACUGGAGAUCACAGACCAAUGCAGAUUGUUGCAGUGCGAAAUCUUAAUCUUCAAGCACAACAAAACGAAGAAGUUGCCUUAACCAAAAAUGUACAGCCAGAACAUCAAGUAAAUGUAAAGAAUCGGAAAUACAAUCAAAAUGUGAAAACUGUUAUAUCAAAAAAACAAAAUACCUAUUGCUGUACCACAGCUUCCCACAGCAAAUCCUUUCUUGAUUUCUGCAAAGAGACAAAAGAUGAAGAAAAUGAACCUUUGUCAAUUUCUGAUGAUCUCCAGAACUUGUUGCAAAUUUCUACUGUUGAUCAGGGGGUUGAAGCUGACCCUGAGACAACGCUUCCUUCCCUGAUUGAAGCAAUCACGUAUGAUAGGAGCAAUGAAAUUAAAAAACGAAAGCAACAGAAAAUACUAAAGGAACUUGAGGAAGAAGAGGAAAAAGAACUAAAGCAGGGAGUUCAACUGAAGGAGCCAGAACAUGCACAGCCAGCUACUGUCAAUAUCAGAUUGUCCCAAAAAAUGAUGGCACAAACUGCAGAUGCUCGUGUGUCAGACAGACACUUUAUUGAUUCAGUCUAUCUCGAGGUGUACCCAGCUAUUUAUGAUCACCAACAGGAAGAGUUUGACCAGGAAAUGGUAAAAACAAUGGACAAAAACUUAUCAUUUGGGGAAGAGCUACAAGAGAUUUAUAACGAUCUUUUGAAAACUAUUCCAAAUGAUCACCUGUUAUUUGAUGAGGAUCCUAUAAUAGUUCCUCCGGCAGUACAUGUGGAUCUUACUGGAUCUUUUCCAUCUGACACUUUGUCUGGGAAGUUAAAGGAACGUGUUAUUAACCCCGAGCUGAAAUUAUUGGAUUCAGAUUAUGGGACUGAGAGGUAUUUAUCAAUGAAGAAAGAGAGUGAAGGAAAAAGUCUUGAAUCUGAAAACCAAUUCCAAAAAGUUGUUCAACAGCAGGAUUCAAAUAUAAAUUUAAAUGAUUAUCUAAAAUACGUCCUUGCACAGGGGUCUGACUACUUGGCAGUUCUCUAUCACUUCUACGAGAGUGAGGAUGAGAAGGAUGAGGAAAGAAGAGCACUUAUUGUUCGAGAAUUGGAACUGAAACGGGAAGAAGAAAUGGAAAUUGCAGAAAUUCGCUUGGUAAAAGAAGAAUUUGUUACUGGAUCAUGGAAUAUUAAUACUGUAAUGCUUGGAGGCUUAGGAAAGGAACCUCUUCCAAAAGCUGCUAAGAAAAAAGUAGAGGUUCAGAAGCUGCUUGGGAAAAAUCCUGACACUGAAGACAUAGAGCAUUUACAGAACAGGCUGCAACGUAUUUGGGAGAUUCUGCACGUCCCUGAUAGAGAACGUCUUGAUAUGGCCAUUAAAUAUAGCUCGCAAAAACACAGGGCCCACGUUUCCAAGAUUAAGUUCAUUUGGGAUGAUGCUGUUUGUGAGAAUGAGAAACUCUUUCUUCUUCUGUCUCAGGCUGUGGAAACGUGGGAAAAUGCUGCCCAACUGAUUCAAGAACGAGAAUGUAUUUUGAGCAAACUUGAACAUUUCGAACGAUUUGCAUCCAACCCUAACCGAUUCUUUGAAAAAGGUUACAAGGGUACUUCAGCAGUGAGAUUAAAGGAGUCCAAGAGGAGGGAUAAGUUUUAUUCUAACUUAUCACAAAUUGAAAAUCAAUUGUCCAGAAUUUUAAAGAAAAUCAAAGAUAACUUUGAGGAUGUGGUUACUUUCAAGGGCCGGCCAUAUUUAGAGAAGAUGCAGCGGGACAAAGUGGAGAUGCUCUACUGGUUACAGCAGGAGAGACGGAAAUGUAUUCUGCAGAGAAUCUCAGCCAAUGAACCUGUUGCACCUAAAAAUAGUGCCUUUCGGUCUUGUGCCUUAGCUGAUUUGUGA